AUUGGCUGCGCUUAGCGGCGGGGCCGAGCGACUGCAAAGCGCUGUGCAGUGGAGCCAACAUGGCGUCUGCUGAGGCGUCUGUGUGCGAUGGUGAGCUGUGGCAGACCUGGCUUCCCAACCACGCGGUUUUCUCUCGGCUCCGGGAGGGAUUAAAAAACCAGGGUCCAGUGGAAGCCGAGAAAUCCACUUCGGCGUUGCCGGUAUCGCCGCAGCUCCCGCCCCAGCUGCUGACGAGAAACCUGACGUUCGGCCUGGGAGGUGAGCUCUUCCUGUGGGACGCGGAGAGCAGCGCCUUCCUGGUGGUCCGCCUUCGGGGACUCGGUGGCGGCGGUGAGGAGCCUCACCUCUCCCAGUACCAGAGAUUGCUUUGCAUAAAUCCUCCCCUGUUUGAAAUUUAUCAAGUCUUAUUAAGUCCAACACACCAUCAUGUAGCACUUAUAGGAAUAAAAGGACUUAUGGUAUUAGAAUUUCCCAAACGAUGGGGGAAGAAUUCUGAAUUUGAAGGUGGAAAAGCAACAGUGAACUGUAGUACUACUCCAGUUGCUGAGAGAUUCUUCACCAGUUCCACCUCUCUGACUCUUAAGCAUGCUGCCUGGUAUCCAAGUGAAAUGUUAGAUCCUCACAUAGUACUUUUAACAUCAGAUAAUGUAAUAAGAAUUUACUCUCUACGUGAGCCCCAGAUUCCCACUAAAGUGAUUGUACUCUCAGAAGCAGAAGAGGAAAGUUUAAUACUCAACAAAGGGAGGACAUACACUGCAUCUCUGGGAGAAACAGCAGUUGCAUUUGACUUUGGACCAUUGGCAGCCGUCCCAAAGCAUAUAUUUGGACAGAAAGGCAAAGACGAAGUAGUAGCAUACCCUCUGUACAUCUUAUACGAGAACGGAGAGACGUUCCUCACACACGUUAGUCUGUUACACAGCCCUGGAAAUAUUGGAAAGUUAUUGGGUCCAUUGCCAAUGCAUCCUGCAGCUGAAGAUAACUACGGUUAUGAUGCUUGUGCUAUACUCUGCUUACCCUGUGUCCCCAACAUAUUAGUGAUUGCAACUGAAUCAGGAAUGCUGUAUCACUGCGUGGUGCUAGAGGGGGAGGAAGAAGACGACCAAACAUCAGAAAAGUCCUGGGAUUACAGAGCCGACCUCAUUCCAUCUCUGUAUGUCUUCGAAUGUGUUGAGCUGGAGCUUGCCUUGAAGCUGGCAUCUGGGGAGGAUGAGCCCUAUGAUUCUGACUUUUCUUGUCCAAUCAAACUUCACAGAGACCCCAAGUGUCCUUCACGAUACCACUGCACUCAUGAGGCUGGCGUCCACAGUGUGGGGCUAACUUGGAUUCACAAACUUCACAAGUUCCUUGGAUCAGAUGAAGAAGAUAAGGAUAGUUUGCAAGAACUUGCUACAGAACAGAAAUGCUUUGUAGAGCACAUCCUUUGUACAAAGCCGUUGCCAUGCAGGCAACCAGCUCCCAUCCGAGGAUUCUGGAUUGUCCCAGACAUACUGGGGCCCACGAUGAUCUGUAUCACCAGCAGCUACGAAUGCCUCAUCCGUCCUCUCUUAAGUACAGUCCACCCAGCCUCUCCGCCUCUGCUUUGUACCCAAGAAGAUGCUGAAGUGGCCGAGUCUCCCCUCCGUAUUCUGGCUGAAACACCGGAUUCCUUUGAAAAGCAUAUUAGAAGCAUUUUACAGCGUAGUGCUGCCAACCCAGCAUUUCUGAAAUCUUCUGAAAAGGACUUGGCUCCUCCUCUUGAAGAAUGUCUUCAGCUCAUCAGCAGAGCCACCCAGGUGUUCAGAGAACAGUACAUUCUUAAGCAAGACCUGGCAAAGGAGGAGAUUCAGCGGAGAGUCAAGUUAUUAUGUGACCAAAAAAAGAAGCAACUAGAAGAUCUCAAUUAUUGUCGAGAAGAGAGGAAAAGUCUUCGGGAAAUGGCUGAGCGUUUAGCUGACAAAUAUGAGGAAGCCAAGGAAAAACAGGAAGAUAUUAUGAACAGGAUGAAAAAGGUACUUCAUAGUUUCCAUUCUCAACUCCCAGUUCUUUCUGAUAGUGAGAGAGACAUGAAGAAAGAAUUACAGCUUAUACCUGAUCAACUUCGACAUUUGGGCAAUGCCAUUAAACAGGUUACUAUGAAAAAAGACUAUCAACAACGAAAGAUGGAAAAGGUCUUGAGUCCCCAAAAACCCACAAUUACUCUCAGUGCCUACCAGCGGAAGUGCAUUCAAUCCAUUCUGAAGGAGGAGGGUGAACACAUAAGGGAAAUGGUGAAGCAAAUCAAUGAUAUUCGAAAUCAUGUAAACUUCUGACAUCCCCAAGAAGAGUCACACCUGAUGUUAACACAACUGAAGGCUUAAAGUGGUAUUAUACAACAAAAGGUAGCACUAACUUAUAAAAAGGACAUUUUGGAAGAACUUGGCUUUGGUUGUUCAUCAUUUUUAAUAAAUUUGUCUGAAUAAACGCUUGUAAUUAAAAAUGGGAA